CCUGGCUGGCAUUUCUGACACGCAGCGAAACGAAAACUUUUGAUCAAAAUUGAAAAUAACAUUUAAAUUACUUCGCCUGCAAUCAUUUAAACUUAAUUUCAUUAACUGCUGGCAAGUUUAUUAGUUUAUUUUCUUUCCUAUUGAAGUUUAGAAAUGAGGUUAGUUAUUCUGGAUGAUGUUAACGCAGUGGCUGAAUGGGCAGCCAAGUAUGUUCGUCGUCGUAUUUUGGAUUUCGCUCCUGGUCCGGACAAAUAUUUCACUCUGGGUCUUCCGACAGGAAGCACACCGCUUGGCAUGUACCGUAAGCUGAUCGAAUUUCACCGUCAGGGAACAAUUUCCUUCAAAUACGUCAAAACGUUCAAUAUGGACGAAUACGUAGGGUUACCUCGCGAUCAUCCGGAGAGCUAUCACUCGUUCAUGUUUAACAACUUCUUCAAGCAUAUCGAUAUCAAUCCGCAGAAUGCUCAUAUCCUGAACGGCAAUGCUCCUAACCUGAUUGAGGAAUGUGAGCACUUCGAAAUGGCUAUCAAGGAGGCAGGAGGCAUUGAGCUGUUUAUUGGGGGAAUCGGUCCUGACGGGCAUAUUGCUUUCAACGAGCCUGGAUCAAGCUUGGUUUCUCGCACCCGAGUGAAGACACUAGCGCAGGAGACCAUCAUUGCUAAUGCACGUUUCUUCGAUAACGAUCUGAAAAAAGUGCCGACGAUGGCAUUGACUGUUGGUGUCGGCACUGUGAUGGAUGCUCGAGAGGUGCUGAUUUUGAUUACCGGUGCGCAUAAAGCCUUCGCUCUUUACAAAGCCAUCGAAGAAGGUGUGAAUCACAUGUGGACGGUUUCCGCGUUCCAAAUGCAUCCAUGCUUCUUGUGUUUAUGCGAUGAGGACGCCACAAUGGAACUGCGUGUGAAGACUGUGAAGUAUUUCAAAGGCCUUUCUCACGUCCAUAAUCAGUUGGUAGCUGAUCAUCGUCCUGGAGAAGAACUGUCGCUGUCCAAGCAGCUCUCAACGGAAGGAUAAGGAUGGACACCGAUUAUCCUGAACCGUUAUAUCGCUGCUUUCCCCGCCUUCCUGAAUUUUGUUUGUCAUUCAGAAUUUUAGUCAGCAAUCUCCAGAGAAAUUUAGUAGUUAUUUUUCUAAUAUCAUGCCAUGUUUCCCUAUGUGAUUCCAGGUUUUGCAACUUUAUUGCCGAGCUUGUCGGUCGCAGGAUUGUUUAUGCGUUUCAGAAGAGUUCUUUGUUUCCCAGUUCCCGCGGUCCGUGAUAAAGUUUUGGCCUUA